AUGACCUCCUGGGGAUUUGUCCUAUUACCUACUGCGAGCCAGCCUAUUCUCGAAGGCGGCAAACUCCCAGAAGAACGCCUCACGGACGGCACAUACAACUACCGCCACGGCUGCACCGUAACCUCCAUCACCGACGAAGGCUCAAGAGUCCGCGUCAAAUUCACCCGCAAACAAGACAACGGCGUCGAAAUCCCAGACGAACUCACCACAACCCUCGUCAUCGCAGCCGACGGUCCCUCCUCCACAACGCGCACCAUGCUCCACUCCGAAGUACAACGAACCUACGCCGGCUACGUCGUGAUCCGUGGCACAGUCCCCGAAACCCACGCCUCCCAGUCCGCCCUCUCCGUCUUCCGCGCACGCUUCUGCUUCUCCCACUCCCCGGGAAUCCAAAAUCUCACUUACACCAUCGCCGGCGAGAACGGGUCCACAGAGCCUGGGAAACGACUCCUCAACUUCGUCUGGUAUGCCAACUUCCCCGAAGGAUCCGAGGAGCUGGAGAAGCUCAUAACGGAUAAGGACGGGCGACGUCGGCAUAUCAUCAUCCCGCGUGGCAAGAUUGCGUGGGAUGCGUGGGAGAUGCUGAAGAGUAAGGCGGACGAGCGGCUUCCGCCGCAGAUGGCGGAGAUGGCGCAUAAGACGACGACGCCGUUUGUGCAGUGUACUACUGAUGUCAUCGCGCCGAAGAAUUUAUACAUGAACGACAAAGUCGCGCUCUUUGAGCGUUUGAGUGUGAGGGAGUAUAUUGAGGAUCGGAAUAUGAUGAGUGUGCCGCAUAAGGAGAUGGUGUUUCCGGAGUGGACGAGGGAGGGUUUGGAUGGGAUACAGUCGGGAUAG